AUGCUCAAAGACAAGGAGGUUAUUUCGGACCCCCAGCGUCAGUACGAAAUCGCUAGGAGCGUGCACAACCAAGCCCACGGCGGCAUCAAUAAGACGACGGCUACUAUUGCGGAACGGUACCACUGGAGUCGCAUCAAGGAAACCGUCUCAGAUGUAAUUAGGAACUGUUCAGAAUGCAAAGACACGAACAAGGCCUCGUCCUCCCAGGGCCAGCAGUCCUUCCCGGGGGCCCCUCUCAACGGGCUAAAGCGCCCCAACCUUGAUGGCGCCACGUCGACGGCUUGUAAGCGUGCCUCCCCAGGCCCAUCCGGGCCAGGGGCUGGCAUGCAGUUCACGGGGGUUCAGCGGUCGAUGGCCGAUCCAACCCACCUCUCCCCGUUCACCUUCUCAUCCCACCUCCAAUUCGCCGAUCCCAGCGCCAUCUCAAUCCUCCCUCCCCACCCCCUCCCACCGCCAACCGAUACGGCCAUGGCCGGCCACGACACCAUCGGCCGAGAUACCCACAACCCGAUGCUCCAGUCGCUCCACUCAGAUCACCACCCGCAACCCACACACCCCGUAUCGCUCCGCACCUUGGCCCCGAACCCACAUUCGCACGCCGUCUCGGACUACCAGCCGAUCGAUCCGCAGAUAAUAGCCCAGUCCUCCGCAGGGACAGACUUACACCACCACGCCCAUCACCAUCACCACACCCACGGCCACUACCCCUUCUCGCCCCCAUCGCCACCGACGCAUCACGCCCCCGCACACCACCACGACCCCGACACCGACGCAGAUGCAGCUGAUGUAGAGACCUUCCAAGCUCUCAUAAACGCCGCCGUCACGGACGAUGACGACGAUGACGACGAUAACAAUAACAACAACGCCAACGACGCCAACAACCACAACGCAAACAAUCACGUCCCAACCACAUCCCGCCUAACAACAACAGAAAUAUCAAGGGGCGUAGAUACCGUCAGCACAAAACCCGGACACGACGCACCCACCGCCCUCAUAUCACCCACCCAUCAUCACCACCCCCAUGCACCCCCACACACCCACGCCAACCACCCGCCACACGACCCCAGAGGCACCAGCCACGACCACGCGCGCACAACGCAAGAAGAGCAGGAUGAGCGCGACGAACAGGCGGCGGUAGACCGCGACCUCGAGAUGCUGAUCGAAUCUCCCGCUGACGAUGACGAGGAUGGGGACGGCAAUGGGGAUGGUGACGGAGAUGGGGAUGGAGAUGAGCCGAUGGUUAUGGCCAUGUCGGUACGGCAUGGGCAGGGCCAGGGGCACGUACAGGAGGGGGGUUGUGAGAGUCCAAGAGGUGGGUUGGGGGGGGAUGUCGAUAUGGAUGGGGAUGUUGUUUCGCUGGGGAAGCAUGCUGCUGUUAGUGGGGGAAGGGUGGAUGUGGUUGGGUUAUUGGCGGAUGGGGGAGUUACGAGGGGAGGUGUGGAUGGGAUGGGGGAUGGGGACACCUAA